CCCAUAUAGUUUAUAAUAGCACUGCAACUAUUCUGUUAGUGGGGAGCAAAAGAAACUGUUUUCAUUGAUUGCUGUUCCUAUCACAAUUCUAACAAGCAGCUGAGAAAAACAGUUUUCAGAAAUUGAUAUUUAUUGUCUUCCCACUGAAUAUAUAAAGAUCAUGACCUUCUAUUGCCUUGUAUUUCUCAGUUUGAUCUUUCCUUUGCCAUCAAUCUCUGCCCAAGUUUCUGUAUGCAAUGAGGAGCUCUCUUUCGCAACACUGGUUGGAAAAAACCAGGAGUGGCAAGUUGACAGAACUUUGUCAGAUAUGGAGCACCAGAUACAAGCUGCUUCAGUUCAGAGCACGGAAACUGGUGCAACAGCAGGCCUUAGACCAUGGAAGGGUCAAAGAACCUGGCGUCACCGGCAUCACCUAAAGAAUGUGCAUGGCAUUCUGAACAUCUUGGGAUGGGGGUUUCUAUUGCCCACCGGAGCAAUAAUUGCCAGAAAUUUCAGAAAAUUUCCUUUGAAAUGCAAUGAAUGGUACAAUCUAUACGUCCUGUGUCAAAGUUCUGGGUACAUAGUUGGUACAGUUGGAUGGGGAAUCGGCCUAUGGCUGGGGAAUUCUUCAAAACAAUACACUUUGAAGACACAUCGCAUUCUAGGAAUCAUCAUAUUCACAUUUGCAACUCUACAAAUGUCAGCCCUGUGGCUGCAACCAAAGGCAGAAGAUGAAUGCCGCAAGUGCUGGGAGAUAUACCACCAUCUCCUAGGGUAUGCACUGAUUGUUCUCAGCAUAGCCAACAUAUUCCAAGGGAUCAGCAAUGUCAAAAGCCAUGCCGCAGAGAAAUGGAGGUGGGUUUACGUUGGGAUGCUCAUUGUUUUAGCUUCAACCGCUGUAGCAUUGGAAAUAUACAGAUGGAUCAAGUCCAAAAGUCCACAGCAGAUGGCAUUUGAUGAGAACGAAAUCUAUGCUUCAGAACAAAUCUAGGCUCUCCUUUGUGUAUACUUUGGCAAGAAGCGGAGGAAUUAGGAUCUUAGCCAACUUUAAUCAUUUUUCAGUGACAUUUUCAAAAUAUUUAUGCUUUCAAUAACAAGGGAGAACCCUUUGCUUAA